AUGGAAUGCUUCAAGGCUUGCAUAAAGACUAUCGAGAACACCAAAGUCAUCGAGACAACUGACUACGCUAUUUGGGAGAGCCAGGAGCCAAUCGCAAGUCCUCUGAAAGAAUUCUCCAACACCAACCGAACCACCAAGAGCGGCAAUUUGUACACGCUCUCAGCAACGACCGUCGUGGCUAUUGCCGCUACUCUGAACCUGAAGCACGUCAUCGUCAACUCUAAUGUCAAUAACAAACACGUCGUCAACGCUGUCUCCCCGAGUGCUGUGUGGGCUUACCUUGGUAUUGCCAUCAAUGCAUGGCCUCAGACUGGUGAGUGUCAGUUCUUCGUUAAGAAGUCUGGCGAAGAUUCAAAGUCUUCAACAGUUGGAAAGAUCGCCCGGGGAAAGUUUGCAGUCACAACCAAUAUAUUCGGAGACACCACCACCCCUCUGAUGCUUCUAACCAUAGCGAACGGCUGGGUUAAGUCAGCACCGGGUGCCCCUUGUUUGAAGAAGAGGACUGUCGACGCGCCGCAGAUCAUCCACCGCCGUCAAUCAUUAAGCGAGGGCAAGGAAAUACUUGAGAAACUAGGAAACCGAAAGUUCAAGCAAAACGAUCCAGCUCUCAUCAGAGAGGUAAAGGCAUGGCUAUCGGAGCCCAUCAUCCUUGUGCUUCCAGAGGAGGCGAAGAACCGACUAUGUUACUAG